CGCGUCACAUCUCGCGCUUUGAUACUGAUAUCUUCUCAUUGGUAAUGGCCUGCAUCUGGAUGCCGCUUACAUCUACAUAUGCAGAUCGCGAACAGGUGGGAGAAAGUGCAUCAUAGCGGCGAGAUGAACCAAUCACUUCUGAGGCAUUGUCACUGCCGUCAAACGUCGCCACCAACUUUGACGUCGCCAAUCUCCCGAUCUGCUAUCAAGCAACGGGAGUUCUAGCCUAACCCGUACAGGGCUGGCAGGUAGGCCUAGAUUGACAGAUCUCUAAGCGUCAUUGAGCAUACUACGCCUAGCUAGUGUGAUGAUGAUGCGUUCCAACAUGGGAAUUGCUGUAAUGCGGCUGGGGCGUUAUGGAGGACCGAUAUAAGAAGAUUCCUGGACGCCUCUGACAGAGGUUUAUUCACACAAGUAAUUUUUCCAUCUUUUGAUACCCAAACACAUCAGUAUUCAUCAUGCCUGGAAACACGAAUGGAACGAACGGCACUAAUGGCCAUACUCAGCAUGCUCCGACUGGGGGAAAGAAUGGUGACCAGUUCCGCAGCUACGCAGACGACCGCAACGCCUCAUCAGAGGAUGUUGUUUACACCACCGCCAACGGUGUGCCAUACCCCCACCCGUAUGAGACCCAAAGAGUAGGCGAGAAUGGCCCUCUGCUGCUCCAGGAUCACCACCUUGUCGACCUUCUAUCGCAUUUCGACCGCGAGCGUAUCCCAGAACGAGUGGUUCACGCCAAGGGCGCUGGCGCCCAUGGUACCUAUACAACCACAGAAUCACUUGAGGAUCUGUGUAUGGCAGACAUUUUCAAGCAAGGCAAAUCUUGCCCCGUCACUGUUCGGUUCUCGACUGUCGGCGGUGAGUCUGGCUCGCAUGAUUGUGCACGUGACCCAAGGGGGUUCAGUGUAAAGUUCCGUACCGACGAGGGCAACUGGGAUGUAGUCGCAAACAAUACUCCUGUUUUCUUUAUUCGGGACCCUGCCAAGUUUCCUCACUUCAUUCACACCCAAAAGCGGCACCCAUCAACCCACCUCACUCACGCUGAUGAUGCGACUAACUUCUGGGACUUUGCUUCGCAAAACCCAGAAUCCGCGCAUCAAUUCUUGAUUCUCUUCGGUGACCGAGGUAUUCCUGAUGGUUACCGCAAGAUGCAUGGAUACCACGGCCACACCCACAAACUCCAGAACAAGGAUGGGUCAACUGUUUAUUGCCAGCUCCACUUUAAAAGCAAGCAAGGCACUGGAUUCAUUACCCAAGAGGAUUCUUUCAACUAUGGUCCUGACUACUCCACCAAGGACCUUUACCAGGCGAUCGAGAAGGGCGAUUUCCCUGGUUGGGACGUUAUGUUCCAGACUAUGACACUUCAGCAGGCUGAGGAUGUUUGGGAGAAGCAGAAGAUUAACGUGUUCGAUAUGACACACGUCUGGCCCCAGGACCAGUUCCCUCUACGUAAGGUUGGAGAGUUCUUCCUCAAUGAGAACCCUCAGAACUACUUCGCAGAGGUUGAGCAAGUCGCUUUUAAUCCUGCUCAUCUGGUGCCGGGUAUCGAGCCCAGUGCGGACCCUCUUCUGCAAUCUCGUCUGUUCUCCUACCCCGAUACUCACCGCCACCGUAUCGGCGCCAACUACCAACAAUUACCAGUGAACGCUCCACGUGUUGCAUACCGCAUGGGUAACUUCCAGCGAGAUGGCAACAUGGCUUUCUACAACCAAGGCGCGCGACCUAACUACUUGUCAUCGAUCCAGCCAAUUUCCUUCAAGGAGAGGACUGUCGACCUUGACAAGCUUCACGGAAACUUUACAGGCGAAGCUAUAACCUUCCUGUCUGAGAUCCGUCCAGAGGACUUCAACGCACCGCGCAAGUUGUGGGAGAAGGUCUUCGAUGAUGGCGCUAAGGAGCGCUUCAUCAAGAACAUCUCUGGUCAUAUGGAAACUGUGACGGACAAGGAGAUUAUCAAGCGCCAGAUUGCUAUCUUCAGGGAGGUGUCUGAAGACAUUGCUUCACGCAUGGAGAAGGCGACUGGUGUUCAGGGUUACCCUGGUAUCUCCGGGCUCCGAUUCAAUGGAACCCACAACGGCAUGGCUAAGUCCAAGGACAACAAGGUCGCAAAUGGUAUGACUGGCAUCAGCGCAAAGUACGCUGAGAAGAACAAGACCAACGGUGCUCCCAAAGCUGGUACGCACAAGGAGCUCAUUGAAGGUCAGUGAGCGUAGUGCGAAGUUAAAACAAUUGCUGUACAAUUAGCGAAC